GAUCAUGGUUGUCAUCUGUGCCUCUCUUGUACUUCUGGAGGGAGUGAAAUCCCAGACCAUUGUAUACAUUGACAACGGAGCGUUACAGGGAGCGACAGAAACUGUGCAAGGGAGCAGAGUGGAUGUAUUCUUAGGUAUACCAUUCGCCAAGCCUCCCGUGGGAGAUCUCAGGUUUAGGUUACCAGAGCCUGCAGAGAACUGGGAAGGUGUUAAAGAUGCCACGGCGUUUGGACCUGCCUGCAUGCAAAUCGUGGCAGUACCUUAUCCCAACCCGGAGACGAUUUCAGAAGACUGCCUGACACUCAACGUUUUUGUUCCUGGCUCCACAAACAGUUCCAACAAUAAGGCGGUAAUGGUCUGGAUACACGGUGGGGCAUAUGAAUUUGGUGGAACUUCUAUCUACAGUUUCAAAGAAUUUGCUGUAACAGGUGACGUCAUCGUCGUGUCUAUGAACUACCGGCUGAAUGUGUUUGGGUUUCUCAGCACUGGUGACGACAGCGUUCUUGGUAAUAUAGGACUGUGGGACCAAAUUGAGGCGCUGAAAUGGAUCAAGAAGAACAUCCAGAACUUUGGCGGGGACCCUGGAAGGGUGACGAUUUUUGGCGAAUCUGCAGGUGGCAGUAGUGCAACACAGAUGGCGCUGGCAAACGCUUCUUCGGGCCUAUUCCAACGCUUGAUAAGUCAGAGUGGUACUACCAGCGCUUUUUGGGCAAUGUCACACAAUGGUCCAGAACUCGCUGUGAGAACUGGAAACAUUGUUGGCUGUCCAACGACAAACACCACGGCACUUGUAGACUGUCUACGCACCAUAGACGCCGAGACACUCAGGAAUGCCAGUGUUAAAGCCACCGUAGGGCUUGCUGGUUAUUUCUACAGACCCUCAGUCGACGGUAUAUUGCUAACGAAACCAAUAUCAGAGUUGUUAAGUGAUCCCGUUGUAUUGCAGCGCCUUCGUUCCCUUGCCUUUGUUACUGGGAUUCUUGCUGGAGACGGAAGCAAUCUUGUUAUGAAUAAGUACUUCGACGGAGUUGAUCCCUUUUUCUUCCGUGACACACUGAUUCCCGAUACGACAAGGUAUGUCUUUGAAAACAAUACAGAAAUUGUCAACGCCAUAACAAAAUUCUACUAUGACAAAACCUCCACCAAAAUAGAAACUGCUCGUGAUUACGUCGACCUUGGCACUGACAUUGCAUUCACUCAACCGAUGUUUGAAUUCAUGUCGUCUCAUCUCUUCGAAGGUGGUGGGUCGACAUAUCUUUACUACUUCACGAGAAAGCCGCUAUAUGGACAUAUUGGGAUUGGUUUACCACCUUGGUUUCAGCGCGCAAGUCACGGAGACGAACUUCUUUUUAUGAUUGGUUCACACGAACCUAUCGUCUCCGGUGCCACUUUCACGGACGAUGAGAAACAACUGACUAAAAUGCUGAUAACAUAUUGGUCCAACUUUGCCAAGACCGGAAAUCCAAACAUGCCAGAGCCUGUCCCAGCAAUAUGGGAGGAAUUCACUAUGAAUAAAGAGCACUACCUCGAAUUUGGUGACGUCGUAGUGGAAAAGAGGAGUGUCAUUCCAAAAAGGGUCAAAUUUUGGAUGAAAACCAUACCAAAAAUUCUUGCUCGUUCAAAUUGAGUUCCAAAGAAGUGGCAAAAAGCAUUGGACGCCAUCUUUUCGAGAUUUAACAUAUACUGAAUAGUAUAAUAUCUUUGGUGAUUAUCACAAUAUAUUUGUAAAUUGUUUUAAUAUGAGUCAGCAGUGAGUUAAUCCAGACAUAUGUUUUUGGCGGAGCUGUUACCGGGAGUUAUUUGGUUCCAUUGUGGUAUUUUGGGUUUAAAUGGAGUUUUUGAUUUUGGUAUAUAACCACGAAUUGCUUUGUGGUAUAGUGGAACAGUGUUAUAAAACAAUAAAGGGAUCAACUAGUCGUAGAAAAGGAAGUAAUGUAUAAAGGGGCACAGACCAACAAGAAAAACUAGAUAAAAAUACAAUACCUAAUGUACAUAAACUACAGUGUUAAAUUAGUCAUAACAUUGGAUAACAAGACCAAAAUAAGGAUAACAAGACCAACAUAGUGAAACUCAUGUUAUUUUGGAAAAUGUAGAAAUGAAGGAGGAUAAAUUAAGUUAAUUACUGCAGUGUAUUCAUUGCUAUUGUUGCGGUCAGAUGCACACCAGUCACAAUUAAUAAAUGUGCCUGUGGUGGUUGAGAUCUCUAGAGAAUACACGAGAGUUGGGAAUAAAA